AAUAAUCGGCGUGUUGCUCGCUCAUGAAUUAUUAAGCAGCCGCCGGCUUAUUUGGGCUCCGCUCAAAACGCCGCGCUUCCAUCCGCGGGUCUGAAGUGGAGAGCGACCGGCCGUGCUUUUUUUUCCCCCUCUCUCUCUCUCUCUCUCUCUCUCUCCCCCCGACGGCUGCCUUGCCGCUGAUAAGCGCUUGCCGGCGAGCCGAGCCGAGCGAGCGAGCGAGCGGCGGGAAGCGGAGAGUGCCGUACUGUAGCAGCGACGAAGGAGGAGGAGGAGGAGGAGGAGGAGGCGGCGGCAGCGGAGGAGACGGCUGCGGCGACACUGCCUCUUUUUCUUUUUUUUUCUUCUUUUCUGGAGUUGAGAUCUGUUUGGAGAGAGAGAGGCAGGAGCGGAGGGGGCAGCGCGGAGCCGGGCUUCACAGUUGUUAUCGCGAGCGAGCCCCGACGCAGACCUGGCUGCCCACAUGCCGAUCGAAUUCGUGUGCAAAAUCAAGUUCGCCGAGGAGGAUGAGAAGCAGAAAGGCAAGCCGGACGGGGACCGGGAGAGCCUGAUCGGGGAGAGCUGCACGCCCCCGGCCGGCCACCUGGCGGGCUUCGCCAGCUCCUGCUCCCUGCACGGGAUCAACCACAUCUUCGUCUCGGGGCGCCUGGGCGUCCGGCAGAGCCUCUGGGCUCUGGCCUUCCUGGCGUCGCUGGUGCUCUUCCUGUACCAGGCGGCCAAGUGCGCCAUGUCCUACCUGGAGCACCCGCACGUCACCGCCCUCAACGAGGAGGUGAGCGCCGAGAUGGUCUUCCCCGCCGUGACCAUCUGCAACAUCAACCGCUUCCGCCACGGCGCGCUCAACGACGCCGACAUCUACCACCUGGCCAACCUGACGGGGCUGCCGCCCAAGAACAAGGACGGGCACAAGCCCACCGAUUUGGAGUACCCCGCCCCCGACAUGCUGGACAUCUUCAACCGGACGGGGCACCAGCUGGACGAGAUGCUGAAGAGCUGCAACUUCAGCGGGCAGAACUGCUCCAGCGACGACUUCUCCGUGGUAUACACAAAAUUUGGGAAAUGCUACACUUUCAAUGGGAACAGGACGACAUCCAGAAAGACCAAGCAGGGAGGCAUGGGAAAUGGACUUGAAAUAAUGCUGGAUAUCCAGCAGGACGAAUAUCUGCCCAUCUGGAAAGAGACAAAUGUGACAUCACUGGAGGCGGGAAUCCGAGUGCAGAUCCACAGCCAGGAGGAGCCCCCCUACAUCCACCAGCUGGGGUUCGGGGUCUCUCCGGGGUUCCAGACCUUCGUCUCGUGCCAGGAGCAGAGGCUGACCUACCUGCCCCAGCCCUGGGGCCACUGCCGGGACGGGGCGGACCCGCUGAUCCCCGGGUACGACACCUACAGCGUGAGCGCGUGCCGGCUACAGUGCGAGACCAGCGCCGUGGUGCGGGAGUGCGACUGCAGGAUGGUCCACAUGCCCGGAACUGCCCCUAUCUGUCCUCCCAACAAAAUCAAGUGUGUAGACAGGGCUCUAGCGGUGUUCCUAAAGAGCGCGGGGGAAAGCUGCAUCUGUGAGACGCCCUGCAAGCUGACCCGCUACGGCAAAGAGCUCUCCAUGGUGAAGAUCCCCAGCAAGGGUUCGGCACGCUACCUCUCCAGGAAGUACAGCAAGUCGGAGGAAUACAUCAGGGACAAUUUUCUUGUCUUGGACAUUUUCUUUGAAGCCCUUAAUUUCGAGACCAUAGAACAAAAGAGAGCGUAUGACGUGGCAGGAUUAUUAGGGGACAUCGGGGGCCAGAUGGGGCUGUUCAUCGGAGCCAGCAUUCUGACGGUCCUAGAAAUACUCGACUUUAUCUACGAGGUCGUCAAGCGUAGGCUGCAGCGUCUGCUGAGGCCGCAGAAGGAGGAGAAGAAGAAGCAGACGGGCAUCGUGGCCACGGUGGGCCUGGACGAUCUGAAAGCCAAGGAGUCUGGAGAAACGACGAGAAGUCACCUGGAAGGAGCCUACCCAAAAACGAUACUCCCAAACCACCACCACCACACGCAACACGGAGUCUUCGAGGACUUCGCCUGCUAGGGCCCCCGAGUCGCUUGGCCCCCGGCCACAAAAAGAAGAGAGAAGAAAAACACAAUCUCUCCUGCUGGAUUUGGGCUUAGUAAGAGACCCUCGAACCCCAGCUUUACCUGUAUUACGGUCACAAGUGAAAAGCUGCAGCCAAAGUCGAACACCAAACCUGUGCUUCUAACGGACGUGUACAGAGGCCGUUCCAUGGCCCCCCCCCUGGAGGCUCGCACCCGUCCACCCCGUCUGGACGGCUAUCCUGCUGGCAAAUCCCACCAUUUCUAUCCCCGUGAAUUUUUGCUACAUGGACACUAGCAAGAAAUAAGGUGUUCAUGUCCUUUAGACCCAGUUUAUAAUAAUAAUCUUGUGUUUUUGUCAACUUGAUCGUGCAAUUCACUUAAAGGGUAUUAUUCUGGAGUAUGUCUUUAUGACAUAUGUCACAAUAUCCCUAAUCUGUUGGCAAAUUAUCAAAUGAAAGAAAAUAAUACAACAAAGUGGUUUCUACACUAUCCCCCAUUUACAGUUUAAUGCAAAAGUAUUGGGACAGUGAUACAAUGCUUUUGGCUCUGUACUCCAGCACAUUGAAUUUGAAAUAAAUCAAUGGAUAUGAGGUUAGGGAGCAGACUGUCAGCUUUAAUUUGUGGGAAUUUACAUCCAUAUCUAGUGAUCCGUGGAGAAAUUACAGCCCUUUUAGUACAUGGUCCCUCUAACUUAGGCGAGAAAAAGCAAUUGGAAAAAUUUACAUAAUCUGAAAUAAAGUCCUCAUAUUUAGUGCUUGGUUGUAAAUCCUUGGCAUUCAAUGACUGCCUGAAGUCUGCAACCCAUAGAUAUCACCAGACACUGGAUGUUCCAGGUGAUGCUCUGCCAAUCAUCCAAAUUACACUUUUUGGCUCUCAAAAACUCCUUGGUUGAUUUAGCAGCAUGCUUGGGGUCAUUGUCCUGCUGCAAGGUGAAGUGCUGUCCAUUGCGUUUAGUGGCAUUUAGAGGUUGGAUCUGCGCACAUGUUUCUGUAUACUUCAGAAUUCAUUCUGUUGCUGUCGUCAGCAGUCACAUCAAGGCAAGUGAGCCAGUUCCAGUGGCAGCCAUACAUACCCUACCUCCACCAUGUUUGACAGACGGGAGGGGGUGAUUUAGAUUUUCCAUUGUUUCUCCACAGUUUCCUUUAUCCAUUCCUUUGGUACAGGUAAAUACGUCUCUCAUCUGUCAAUAAGACUUUGUUCCAGAACUCCACGGUUUUUUUAAAUGUACUUUUUUUUUUGGCAAACUCUAAACUGGCCAUUCUGUUCUGGGGCUUAUCAAUGGUUUGCAUCUUGUUCUGAACCCUCUGAGGUUAUGCUAGUGUAGUCUUCUCUGUAUGGCAGUCUUUGACACAUCUAUGCCUACAUCCUGGAGUGUUUUCCUGAUCUGUUUGACUAUUAAAAAUGGUUUUUCUUCACAAUUGAAAGCAUUCUUCAGUCAUCCACAACAGUGAUCUACCGUGGUCUACCAGGUUGUUGGCUAUUGCUGAGCUCACCAGUGCAUUCUUGCUUCCAAACAAUGUAUGAAGCAGGUGUAUCAGAUCUGUUUCAUUCAGAUUUUUCAGUCUCAUGAAAAGUCUUAGGCAUUCACAAUUAUAUAGUCCUCAUCAGGCACAGACACCGCCCUGGUCAGGGUGACCAACAAUCUCCUGAUGGUUGCCGAUGCUAGUUCACCCAGCCUCCUGAUCUUCCUUGAUCGAAGUGAGAUGUUUGAUACAUCCGACUGUAUCAUCCUCCUCUUUUGCCUUCAGGAUUUCAUUAGACUCAUCAACACCACCACUAGUUCCAAUCCUACCUCACAGACUAAGUUUACACUGUUUGUCACUAUAGGUGAGGGUAGGUCUGGAGUUCACCCAGUCACCUGCGGUGUCCCUCAAGGCUCAGUACUUGGUCAAAUUCUCUUUGGACUCCCACUCAGCCAUAUCAUUCAGUGUCACAACAUCUCUUGCCACACCUAUGCUGAUGAUAGCCAGCUAUACCUCAAAGUCACCCCCAACCUCCCUGCAGCUUCCACUCGUCUAUACGCCAGCCUUGAGGAGAUCAAAGCUUGUGAAUCAUCUGUAAACUAUCCUUCCACCAUCUUUGCGACAUUGUCAAACUCUGUCCUGCUCUAACUACAGCUGAUGCCAAGAAGCUCAUCCAUGCAUUCAUCUCCUCUAGUUUUGACUACUGCAAUAGCCCCCUGGUCAGCUUUUCAAACAAACAAAAAAAUAGCAAUAUGUCCAAACCAGCAUCACCUAGAUCUGGUCUGGAAAUAUGAACACAUCAUUCCCAUCCUGGAGUGCUUUCAUUGCCUGCCAAUCACACAGCACAUUGACAAGAAAACAGCCCUGCUCUCCUUUCAGACCAUGUACCAAGCUGCCCUAACUAUCUUAAAGACCCCAUACAACUCCCCCCAGUCCCUCAGAUCUGCAAGCUCCAAUCUGCUACUUAUCCCACACACCAAGCUCGAAACCAUGGGAAACCAAGCCGUUUGUGCAUCUGCCCCCUGAAUUCCCUUCCUAAUCACCUGCGGGAGUCUCAAACCCUGUUCUCUUUCAAAACUGGACUCCUUUUUCCAUUAUGCCUUCAGUCUGAUCCAGCCCCUCCCCCUCCCCUCCCAGGACAUCCUACGUUUUACCUUCUAAAUCGUGUUUGAAGGCCUCUUAAGCUCACCGCAACCCUUUUUUCUGAAAUUUAUCUUAAUCUCAUUUGCAUGUGAAGCAUCAUUGAGAUACUCCAUAAAAAGUUCUCUACAAAUUUAAUUGAUUAUUAUUAUUAUUAUUCUUAUUAUUAUUAUUAUUAUCAUGUUGAGAGACAACAAAAAUGCAAAUUCCACAACUCUUAUUGACUUUAGUCCUUACUAUCAACUUAGACCUGUGCAUGAACUAAUAAUGCAAAGACAAAUAGCUGGCCAAGAAACAGCUCAGCAGCAAAAUGACCAAUUAUUUUUACUUCCUUAAAAUGGGGGAGACUAUGUAUGAAAAAAUGGCUGUAAUUUCUACGCGGAUCACCUAAUAUGGAUGUAAAUACCCCCAGACUAAAGCUGACAGUCUGCACUUUAACCUCAUAUUCAUCGCUUCAUUACAAAUCCACUGUAAUGGAGUACAGCACCAAAACAACCAAAGUUGUCACUGUCGCAAUAAUUUUGCAUUCAUCUGGAUAUAUAAUUAUUUCUGAAGUAUUUCCAAGAAUUGCUGAAACAGAGAGGCCCAUUAUCAUGUGUGUAAUUGGUUUUUGUAAUGUUAUUUAAAUAUUAUGGAAAUUUAAAUGAUUUUAAAGUGAUCAUCAUACGCCAUUAGCACUGAGAUGUACACAAUGAGAUGUAACAUCUGACUUCCUCUCAGUUUGUCAACCCAAUCAAGUUAUCAAAGUUUCUAUUUCAAAAUGAGAAAAUAUUUGAUACUAUUACACUGAGAGCAGGUUUAGCACAAUUUUUUACAGUUAAAUUACCUCUUAUCCUCAUAAUUUUAAAUCUAAUUAAAUUAAAUGAACUACAUUACAGUACAUGUGCAAGAGUUUUGUAGAAAAAAUGCUGACAACAGCAGAUUUUUGUGCAUGUGUGCACACGCAUAUAUAUGUACAUACAUAUUUACACACACACACACAUAUAAAAAUAAUAAUAAUACAUAAUUAUGAGCAUAUUAAGAAUAAAUGCUAAAGGCUUUCUGACUCUGAUAACCAUGAAUUAGCCAUGUUGGACCCAGGCAGUUGUUUGAGCUUCUGAGUUCUUUCAGAGUUUCCUCUGUUACUCGACAGCCCAGUUAAUGAACCUGUAUAUCCACUCAUCUCUUACUGUGACUUGUUUCCACCAUGGGAUGAGUUGUAGUUUAUAGUUGUUGACAGGUUGGAGUCAUUUGUCCUCCUAAAUCUACUGAUCUCCUUCAGUUUGAAAUUUCCAUGCCAAAGAUAUAUAGUAGAGAGAUUAAGAUCCUGUCACGUUCUUGUUUAUGACUAGAUGUACUCUGGCAGCUGAUUUGUAGUUAUUCUCUUGUGUAACUGGUAUGAGUAGAUUCCGGACUCACACCACUGUCAUCCAAGCACUCCUAAAUUAAUGCCUACCAGACUGAAUAUCAAAAUUAAAUAAUUUCUGAACUCCAGAUAUUUAUCUCAUACCUCUUCUGUUGCUCAGAGCACUCAAAGUUUUAUUAUAUAAUCACAUUCUUGGUUUUAAAUCUUACACGGAGGUUAUCACCAGAUACACAUUUCUCAUAUUAAACUUUUAUGAUAAACUUGAGUGCUCCGUAAAUUUACAUAUAAACACUAGUCCAGUAAAUCCUAUGCACCUUAUGAAAAAUAAUGUAUCUGAAUGAACAUUCGCCUUCAAGGAAACUGGCCUUAUUGUCUUAUCUGCUAUUCACAUUCAUCUUCACUUUAGAUAUCUGGUGGAGAGAUGAAACGUGUAGCAGUCAAUGAUCUAGGUAUCUAGGCGAAAAAAUUUCAACAAAAAUAGUUGCUCAAGUAACCUUUAUAUUACUUGAGCAAACAAUUCUAUUAUCAUGCGUGAUUAUGUAAAAAGCUUGUCUACAACAAUGUCCAAAGUUAUGAAAUCAUACUCCCUGCAAAAAUCUGUGACUGAAGAUACCAUCGUUCCCUAGAAAUAUUUACCCUGCAUCCCUACCCGGGUUGGCCAAGGUGCACAAACAUUGUUACAACUGAGGGGAAAGAUUUGCUGUGGUUGAGGGUUUGUUAGCAGGAACAUGCUAUCCAGUGUAAAUUACACCGCCUUGGAUAUCUUGUAACAGUAGGGAUGCUUUUUGCGUUACAAUGGAGCAAACUACUUUACACUGAAGUGCUGUGUUUCUUACUGUAGCAUGAAAGGAGCCAUUUAUUGAGUUUAGGAGCACAAUCCAAAAUGUGUGUCCAGUGCAGGACUUUUCAUUGUUAUUUUUAGUUAUGUUCGUCUAGACACGUUGUACAUGUGCAUCUCAAGCUGGCAAAUGAGAACUCUUGGAUUAGCCACUUUAUUUUUCUUAGCAAUUUAUGAUAUAUAAUCGAUAAACCACUGAUUUCAAGUUCA